GUGAUCCCCAGAGUUGUUAUUGUGGAGGUCCAGAGGCCAGACAGCAUCAGGUGUGGAAGUUCAGAGGCCAGACAACAUCAGGCGUGGAGGUCCAGAGGCCAGACAACGCGAACUAUUUAACCUCUCAUCGCUUACAUCAUGUCCGGGCAGUCACUGGUGGAGACGGCGUUAAGUGAAGGUGUGGUGCGUAAUGUUGGCUUACACAAAACGUUCCACUGUGCGGUGUGUCAAUCCCCGCUGGCCGGCGAGGAGUCGGUGAAACAGCACCUUCAGGGAUCCAAGCACAGAGAAGCUGGGGCCAGGUAUGCAAUCAUCAACAUCAACAACAACCCUCCUAGAUCACUCCUCGACCUUCUGCUACGUGCCACACAAGAUGCUGCCAAAACUGGAGUAAUAAAGAACAUUAGUGGCACGACCAACAUGACCUGUACUAUAUGUAACAUCCAACUUUCGGGGACACGCCCGGUAGAGGACCACUUGGCAGGUGACGACCACAGGAAAAAGAAAAUUGCGCAGCAGAUUUAUGAUGAGCCCAGCCAAUCCCUACCUUUUGGUAUGUCGAGGGGGCCCGACAUGCAGGGUCUAGCGCCCAUCACAACUCCAUAUGCAAUGAACGCCAGAACCUCUCUGGAGAAUCCUGUUAUGUCGAGGGGGCCUGACAUGCAGGGUCCAGCACCCAUCACAACUCCAUAUACAAUGAACGCCAGAACCUCUCUGGAGAAUCCUGUUAUGUCGAGGGGGCCUGACAUGCAGGGUCCAGCGCCCAUCACAACUCCAUAUGCCAUGAACGCCAGAACCUCUCUGGAGAAUCCUGUUAUGUCGAGGGGGCCUGACAUGCAGGGUCCAGCACCCAUCACAACUCCAUAUACAAUGAACGCCAGAACCUCUCUGGAGAAUCCUGUUAUGUCGAGGGGGCCUGACAUGCAGGGUCCAGCGCCCAUCACAACUCCAUAUACAAUGAACGCCAGAACCUCUCUGGAGAAUCCUGUUAUGUCGAGGGGGCCUGACAUGCAGGGUCCAGCGCCCAUCACAACUCCAGCAGUUGAACCGCCGUCUGUGAAGGCUAGAGCCCCUGAGCAAGCGAUGAUGGUGAAUAACCCGACCUGGGACGAUGCGAGCUCUCUAGCCAUGGCUAAUCUUGUAAGCUCACUAUCUGCACUGGCCACGCGAUAUCCGGCACAAGUAACUCAACAAACAACCUACCAACUACAAACACCGCUGUUUGAUGGGCCUGAACUACACCACAACCCCUCACCACCACAGCAACAACAGCCUAUGACUGAUUUAGUGAAGGAAGCGAUGGAAAGGAAUGAGGUGGUAAUGACUGAUACAAAGACAGAACCUUAUCACUGUAUAAUCUGCCGGAAGAGAUUUAACAGCCCCGGCACCCUCCUGGAUCACCUGAAGAGUAAAGGCCACUCAAAGGAGCAACGUAACCGAGGCUCCAUCAGUUCCUCCUCAUCCUCAGUUACAAGUGUUGGCUCAGGGAUUGAGUGUCGGAGCCAAACAUUGGUAUAUCGUGCACAGUCACAGCCCAGAGGUCAUGUGUACGUCUUCAACUACACCUUCCCUGGUCAAAGGGGACGGGAGCGGCAGGGCGCGUGUCACGAUACCACGAAUCUGAGAAGCACGUUCGACAACAUGGGUUAUGAGGUGUUCGUGUGCCAGGACUACUCUAAGACUAAAACUUUGAAUGAAUUGAUUAAGAUCAUAAAUGAUCCUAGACUAGGCCAGGUAGACGCGUUAAUUAUAUUCUUCUUAAGUCAUGGCAGUGAUGCUUAUACAUUUUAUAGCAAUGAUUGCGAGAAACUCAGUUUAUUAGAUAUUAGAUAUUUAUUCACUGACAGUAAAUGUCAUUACAUGAAGAACAAACCUAAAAUAUUCUUCACAAAUUAUUGUCGAGGGCAAAACAUGGAGAAGAGAGAAACUGACGCACUACUUGACGUCCCCACCUUCAUGGCGACUAUCCACGCGGCCGUCGAGGGGGUCAUGGCUAUACGUAACUUAGGAAACGGGACUUAUUUCGUUAAGUGUCUGUGUGAGGUACUGAGGGAACACGCAGCUGACCACGACUUACGACGCCUGUACUCUAGGCUGUAUGAGAAGAUGGAUCAAGAAAACAGCACCAAGCCAAUGUGGGAAGAUUAUGGAUUCUUAACGGAAUUUUACUUUUAAUCCACUUCUGUAAAUCCUCAGAGAGAGAUUUUCUACGCCAAAAAUAUAGACUCGUAUAUAAAUAACGUUAACACCAAUCAGCUGAAAGAUAAAGUCAUGUAGAAUAGAUAUGUUCUCGUAUUUGUGCAUCUGGAGUCGACUGAGUAUCUCUAACUCUCCUUUUUAAUCAACUUUGAAGUUUGAUUAUUCCUGUGAUAUUGUGUUGUGUUGUAUUGCGUUUGAAGACCUCUCUCUCUCUCUCUCUCUCUC